GAAGAGACCACCGCAAACGUCAAAUUUGUUUUGAUUUGGUUCGAGUUCACAGAAUCCCAAUAUUGAUCUCAUACGAAAAAUAGAAGAUUAUUAUAAUCUAGAUUAAGCGAUGGUAAUUUACGGUGUCUAUAUCGUAAGCAAGUCAGGAGGGCUGAUAUUUAAUCUAGAUCAUAAUGUGCCGAAAAUUGAAACUGAGAGGACGUUCAAAUACCCCUUGGGGAUCAGUCUGGAUUACGAACCGAAAAAAGUUUCGGUAGCCUUUGGGCAGAAGGAUGGCAUUAAUGUUGGCCACCUGCUGAUCAGUGUGAACGGUAUUCUGGCGAAUGGCUCCACUUUGGAGGACGGACGAGACAUCAAAGAGCUGAUCGAAAACAAAGACAACUAUCCACUAACGCUCAAAUUCAGUCGACCCAAGAUGACGACCAAUGAGAAGAUUUUUCUGGCCAGUAUGUUCUACCCACUGUUUGCCAUCGCGAGCCAACUGAGUCCGGAACCCAAGAGCAGCGGCAUAGAGGUGCUGGAAGCUGAUACAUUCCGAUUGCACUGUUUCCAAACACUGACCGGCGUUAAAUUCAUGGUCGUAGCAGAGAAUAACCAAUUAGCAAUGGAUAUUCUGCUGAGGCGCAUUUAUGAGCUGUACGCGGAUUAUGUGCUAAAAAAUCCAUUUUACUCUCUAGAAAUGCCCAUCAGAUGUGAGUUAUUUGAUACAAAUCUUCAAUUAUUGCUUGAACAAGUUGAGAAAAAUGGUAUUGUGAGUAUUUAAAUAAAACAAAAAAGUAAAAACGUU